AUGCGUCUGAAUACUUCUAUUGCUGUCGCGGCCUCAUUGUGUCUGGUGGAAUCCAUUCACGCGAUCAACAUCAUUUCAUCCAAUGAUGAUGGAUGGGCAGAGGUCAACAUUCGCGCUUUCUAUAAGUCGCUAAACUCAGCUGGCCAUGUCACUGUUGUAUCUGCACCUGCUGAGAACCAGAGCGGAACAGGAUCCAGCCAAAAGACACCAACGGUGCUCAAAGCGUGUGAAUUCGAUAGCUGCCCAGCAGGAAGUCCUGCCAUCGGGUACAACGCAUCAGAGCCUCGUCUGAACUAUGUGAAUUCGUAUCCAGCAACUUCGAUCAAGUAUGGCAUCAACUCUAUUGGGCCUAAAUUCUUCGAUGGAGUGGCUCCUGACCUAGCAGUUACGGGUCCGAACGUUGGCAAUAACAUUGGACUGGAGGUCUAUUUCUCUGGAACUGCUGGAGCCGCCACCUACGCUUCUUACAAUGCUGGUAUCCCGGCGAUUGCAUUCUCAGGUGCAACUGGCUCUCAAACCGCUUGGAAUGCUUCUUUGGAUUUCCCACUUUACAGCGAAGUUUACGCCGAUUUGGCAGUUAACGUAACUGACACGCUGAUCGCGUCGGGCACGCCUUAUCUACCUAACGAUAUUUGGCUCAAUGUCAAUUUCGGAUCUGUUUCUGAUUCGGAAUGUUCCGAUGCAGAUGAUUUUAAGUUUGUUUUAUCGCGUAUCCACACUGCUAUUCCCCUGAUCACUCCUGACGAUGUGACUACCUGUGGUAGUUCACGUUUGCCAAGUGAGCUGGAAGUGUCACUGGAAUCUGGGUGUUACGCAAGCAUCUCUGUGGGUCUAGCUAGUAAAAAGGGUGAUGCCAAUGCCACUAUGCAGGAAACUGUUAUGAAGAAACUCAGUGGCAUUCUCACUUGCCUUGAUUAA